AUGGAUGAAGAAUAUGAUGUUAUCGUGCUUGGUACUGGUUUAACAGAGUGUAUUCUCUCGGGUUUGUUGUCUGUUGAAGGAAAGAAAGUCCUUCAUAUGGAUAGGAACGAUUACUAUGGUGGUGAGUCUGCGAGUUUGAAUUUGACACAGCUUUACCGUAAAUUCCGGCCAAAUCAGGAACCACCCAAAGAACUAGGUGCUGAUCGAGAUUUCAACAUCGAUCUAAUUCCAAAGUUCAUGAUGGCCAACGGCGAGCUCGUCAACAUUCUUACCCAUACUGAGGUGACACGUUACCUCGAGUUCAAGCAGAUAUCUGGGUCGUUUGUUUAUCGUGAUGAGAAAAUUUCCAAAGUCCCAGCCAGUGAAAUGGAGGCAGUGAGAAGUCCGUUGAUGGGGUUAUUUGAAAAGCGAAGGGCAAAAAAAUUCUUUGAGUACAUGCAAAAUUGGCGUGAGGAUGAUCCAUCUACUCAUAAAGGUUUUGACAUUAAUACCGGCACAAUGGCAGAGCUUUACGAGAAAUUCAGUCUUGAACCUGGUACCCAGGAUUUUAUUGGUCACGCAAUGGCCUUGCACUUGGAUGAGAGUUACCUCGAGAGAUACGCACGUGAAAGCUAUGAAAGAAUUAUAUUAUAUUUUACAUCUGUUGCACGAUACGGCAAAAGUCCUUAUAUUUACCCAUUAUAUGGUCUGGGAGAAUUGCCACAAGGAUUCGCACGUUUGAGUGCUAUUUAUGGUGGAACAUACAUGUUAGAUAAAAAAGUAGACGAAAUUGUCUAUGAUGCUAGUGGCCGUGUUAUCGGUGUUCGUUCUGAUGACGAGAUUGCCAAAACCAAACAAGUAAUUGGUGAUCCAUCCUACUUUCCCACCAAAGCGCGCAAAGUUGGAAAAGUCGUUCGUGCCAUUUGUUUCCUAAAGAGUCCAAUACCGAACACUGAUGAUGCUGAUUCGGUUCAGUUGAUUAUUCCGCAGAAUCAAGUUAAUAGAAAACAUGGUUUAGUACUUGCAAUUGUCUCGACGAUCGUUGAAACCGAUAAUCCCGAAAACGAAAUUGAACCCGGAUUAAAACUGUUGGGACCUAUUGUCGACAAAUUUGUCGCAGUCUCUGACCUAGAAGAACCGAUCGAGGAUGGAACAAAAGACAAUGUAUUCAUCUCGCGCUCCUAUGAUGCCACAUCUCAUUUUGGAACUGUGUGUGAUGAUGUCAAAGACAUUUAUCGUCGAGUCACCGGCAAAAAUCUAGUUCUUAAACAGAGAGCUAAAACAGAAGACGAAAAUACUUCAUAA